ACUGACUUUGCCCUGUCAAUUAGCAAAACAAACUCAAUCCGACUUUUUCUAUUUCAUUCGUUUUUUAUUUUCUGUCUCUGAUCUUCAACAAUGAAAUCGCCAAAAAGCCGUCCCUCCAGAAUAUCCCUAAACCCAUUCGUCCAUGAGGUGAAACUAACCACGGCACAGAAAAUACAGAUUGGACUCAUGUCUUUCACAGUGUUCCCUGUGCGCAUACUGUUUGCAGUUUCUUUCAUGCUGUUGGCUUGGGCUUUUGCCUAUGUGGGUGCAUUGGGGCGUUCUGAAUCUGUUAUUGAGCCACAGACAUGGAGGAAGAGAUUUUUUGAUUUUGGUGUUCGGAUGUCAAUGCGGGCCAUGUGGUUUUUUUGUGGGUUCCAUUGGGUGAAGGUCAAAGGUCAAAAGGCAGACCCAUCCGAAGCCCCCAUCCUUGUUAUGGCUCCACACUCAGCUUAUUUUGAUGCCAUUCCAGUUUCUGAGAACCUGUGCACAUUUGUCACCAAAGAAAUGGGCAGGGAAGUUCCUAUCUGGAAAAGUAUAAUUGAGUAUGUCAGACCGGUAUAUGUGCUCCGUGGGGACCAGGACUCCAGGAAAAGAACUGUGGAGGAGAUCAAACGCAGAGUUACAUCUGGAGAGUCAUGGCCUCAGUUGAUGAUUUUCCCAGAGGGCACGUGCACAAACAGGCUUGGGCUCAUCUCGUUCAAAGCCGGUUCCUUUAUCCCUGGCCUUCCUGUUCAGCCGGUUGUUCUGAGAUACCCUAACUCGCUGGAUACUGUAUCAUGGGUGUGGCAAGGUCCUGGAGGGCUGAAAAUUCUCUGGCUCACAUUGUGCCAGUUUCACAACUCUAUGGAGAUUGAGUAUUUGCCUGUGUACAAGCCAUCAGAAGAAGAAAAGGAAAACCCUGCUCUGUAUGCCGAAAAUGUUCGCAAGCUGAUGGCAAAAGCAUUGGAGGUGCCUCUCAUAGACCUAACUUUUGAAGAUCGUAAAAUGAUGUUGUCCAAUGGCCCUCUGAGAAUCUUUAACUUCAGCGCUCUGCUCGAGUUCAACCAGCUGGUGGUCCGCCUGGGACUGAAAGCCAGUAACACCUCUGUACUGGAACAGCAGGCUACAAAGGCACGCAAGUUGCAGGGAGAGAGGUUAAGUGUGGAGGACUUCGCUCAGGGCCUUGGUCUACCUGUGAGUGACAAACUACAGCAGGUCCAUGGCAUGUUUGAUGAGAAAGAAGAUGGGCACAUUGAUUAUAGGCAUUAUGUUAUUGCUCUGUCAACCGUGUGUCAGCCACAAGAACCAAAGGAGACCCUGAAACUGGCGUUCAAGAUGUACCAGAAUGAAGAUGAUGGAAGUGUGACAGAGGAAGACCUUGCCACCAUCUUGGAAAUAAUGCUUGGAGUGGAGAAAAUGGACCUAAGUGGACUGUUUCUAUCACUGCAAGAAGACACAGGGAAGAUCACAUAUGAUGAGUUGUGUGAGUUUGUUGACCAGCAUCCAGACUUUACCUACAACUACAUUCGGUUCAAAAAUCACCCAGGUUCCUUUUGCUUCAGCAGUGCAAGAAGCAAUGGAAAAGACCACAAGAAAAGAGAUUAAUAAUGACAUAGAACACAUGGUGCCUUUAUAUUGGUUAGGUAAUAGGGACGCAACAAUGACUCUGAAAAAGUGAGAAUGCUAUAUUUCACUAGGAUCGUCAACUGUUACAAUGUAUUGAAAUGAAGGCUCGUACACACUGAACAGGCAGAGGGAACUACAUAGACUAACAUCAGCUUAAUAUAGCAGCCAACUUUUCAAGAGUUUACUGUUCAGAUUAAACCUUCUUUUAGCUCUCCUGUAGUAAUUCUAUCAAUACUGCUAAUACUACUUCCUCCUUUGGACAAUAAUGCACUCUAAUAGCUACCAUAAUCUUUGGAUUUUGUUGCAUUUCUACUGUGCAAGAGUUCAAUGCACAGAUCCAGAGGUGUAAAAAUAAUAAUUAACAUUCCUCUAAUUAUUUAUGGCCUUAUUGAAUAUUUAUUUAAAAUUUGUUGUCUUGAAUUAUGGGUGUGUAUUUUGUAUUUAUUAAACAUAUUGUUAUAUUUGAAAGAAAUGAUAAUUAAUCGGACUGCCUCGCCCCCAGUGCAGAUUG